AUACAUAGAGGGUACAUACACUGAGAACUGAUAUCCGUCGGUGAUUCAUUUCCCCGACCCGUGGUGUUUUUGUAUUGACACCGCCGCAAUGCAAGUCAACUUAUCCUAUUCACCUGCGCUAACCUGGUAAUCCCACCGCUCCAAUUCGGAGUAAAUCAGACAUCGAAAUGCGCCUCCUAGCCACUGGCAGGGCGCUGCGCGCUAGUAGCGGUCGAUGGUCUUCCGGUAGGAACAUGCGUAUUCCGCUCAUGCACGUUUCGGUCCCUCUCACUCUCCACCGCAGAACCUGGAGCUCGACAACAGCUCUCAGAAACCAAGACUGUACGGAUUCAGAUCAAAAGCCGGUUAUCCGUCCUUCCAUAAAUAAGCAGUCUUUGCCAAUUGAAGGGCAAUCCUACCCGGUAGACCAAUGGACCAACACCCCUGAUACGAUCCUCUCCCACGUCGGAAGACGACUCUACCUCAACGAGGACCAUCCUCUUGCCAUUACCCGGAAGCUCAUUGAAAGCCAGUUCCCGGGUCCGGUCUACGGGAACUACCAUGAGAAGAACCCCGUUGUUUCCACCGCACAGAAUUUUGAUGUCCUUGGUUUCCCGGCGGAUCAUCCCGGUCGUAGUCGCACGGACACCUACUAUGUCAACGAGAAAACGGUUUUGAGAACACAUACCAGCGCUCACCAGCAGGCAUACUUUCAGCAGAUUAAUCGGAAUGAGAAAUUGCGGCCAGAGGAGGUUGGGUAUACGGUUGUCGCGGACGUGUAUCGCCGAGAUGCUAUCGAUCGCAGUCACUACCCUAUUUUCCAUCAGAUGGAGGGCGCUAUGCUGUGGAAACGGCCGGAUGUUGACCCAUUGAAACAUGCGAAGGAAACAGCUGCCAAGAUCGUGGAUGAUCUUAACCGCAUCCCCUCCCACGAUGUUGCCGUCGAGGACCCAAACCCUACCAUCCACGAAAAGCGCAACCCACUGCAGGCGGAGCACCAUACUGCAGAGGAGGUCGAGGCCGUAGCAGCGCAUCUCAAACGUUCUCUCGAGCGUAUGGUGAUCAAGAUCUUCACCGAAGCUAGCAAGGCUGCCGCCGCCGCUAACGGUAACGACUUCAGAGAACAGGAGCCGCUCAAGGUACGCUGGGUGGAGGCAUACUUCCCCUUUACCAGUCCCUCUUGGGAACUAGAAGUAUUCUGGCAAGGCGAUUGGCUUGAGAUCCUAGGCUGCGGUGUCAUUAAACAAGAGUUGCUAAUCAACUCGGACGUGCCCAACCGCAUCGGAUGGGCCUUCGGACUCGGCCUUGAACGCAUUGCUAUGCUUCUCUUUAACAUCCCGGAUAUCCGACUGUUCUGGUCUCGUGACGAGCGCUUCCUUUCCCAAUUCAGGGCUGGUCAUAUCACCCGCUUCGAACCGUUCUCCAAACACCCGGCUUGCUACAAGGAUGUUGCUUUCUGGCUUCCCUCCGCCGCUGUGAGCGGUGGUAGUGCUGCGGGCGGAGCGGUUCCGGUGCACGAGAAUGAUAUCAUGGAAAUCGUCCGUGGUGUUGCGGGUGAUCUGGUCGAGGACGUCAGACUUAUUGAUGAGUUCACUCAUCCGAAGACCGGCAAGAAGAGCAUGUGCUACCGGAUCAACUACCGCAGUCUGGAGCGCACGUUGACGAAUGAAGAGACUAAUGACCUUCAUGAUCAAGUUAGGGAUAAGCUCGUUGGGUUACUUGGUGUUUCAUUGAGGUAGUUGGUCUUAGUUAUUCGGAACCUUGUAUAAUAUCCAGUUACGUAACCAUUCAAUUGUACCAUAUUGUGAAAGCAAAAAUCACCUCGACUUCAAUGACCUAGUCGGCUCUGAUAUAUAAACACAGACACAUGCUUAACAUAUUUCUA